UACUAGCAACAUUGCAUUCAUCUUUGGUCUUUAGUUUACUGUUUUAUUUCUACUGAAGAUGAGACACCUCUCAAUAAGGAAGGUCUUUCAAAUAUAGUCAGAAAUAAAAAUAAAAAAUAACCAUAGUUUGGGGACAACAAUGGUUAGGUAUGACAAAAAAACGACAACAAAAAAACAAAACAAAAACACAUUUGGCACCACCCAUGUUCAAAAAAUAGACAUCUAUGUCCACAUAAGUCCAUUGCAAUAUGCCACUUGAACAAGACAAAUCCCGAGCUUUUCCAAGAAAAGUUCAGACAACUAUGAUGUAUUUGACUCCUUUGCAGAUUGAUAUUGUGAAUGAUAAUAGUAAUGGCAAAAUGUGUCUGCAUCCACCCAAUGGAAUUUAUUUAUUUAUUUAUUUUAAAGAAAAUUCCAGCUCUUCUACCAAACAGCUUUAGAACAGUUUUUACUAUACCAAUGUUUUUUUUAUGGACCCUUGAACUUUUCACAUAUUGAAUCAGCCAAGUCAUUUCAAGCCGCCGUUUCUCGGUCAUGUAAAGGAUGCAUUAAAAAGCUAACAUUUGGGCCUCAUACUAGAGGUAAUGGUCUAACAAAAUCUACAUUUCAAAUAGCUUUUACUUUACCAAUCUUUUUAAAUGACACUUUAAAUUCGUAUAUGCCUAUAAAUGACUUAAUGACAAUAAAUGCAGUUCAAGGGUUUAUUAAAUAAAGAGAAAAAAAAAAAAAAGGUUGGUACACUAAAAAUAUUCAAAUUUUGGAUUGUUAGACCAUUACCUCUAAUAUGAAGCUCUUGUGGCCGAGAAAGGAGCGGGAGCAUUUUUGUUGUGUUGUGGCUCUGUGUAACUUAUAUAUUUAUUUACGAAACCCAGUACUUUGCACAUGAUGCUAUGGGUUAUAUUAUUAAAACAAGAAGUUCUUAAGUGUUGGCGCAGUUAAAUAAAGAUCAUAGUGUCGAAAGUGUGAUGAAUAAGCCGAAACCCCCCUCACAGCAGCAGAAUGGACGCGUCCGCACAGAAAGCGCUUUGACGACGUUUAAAACAUCGGCUCUCAUCGACACUCCAGCGAUUUCUCCCGAUCUCUCUCGUCUGUCACGACGGUCCACUUCACUUCACUCGACCGGCGUGGAUUAUUGUUGUUGACAUGCCUUACGGAGGGGUGUGUUUUUGCUGUUUUAGCCAGAUUUCAUUUGCGCCCUUCUGACCCACAUCUAUUGUAAGAUUGCAAUGGAGAGUGUGAUCAGAGAUGUGUUCAGACACUGUAUCAGGUUUCCUGUUCCCAUUUCGGCCUCUGUGGUCGCUGAUGAGCUUGUGGACACUGCCAGUCAUAAGCGGUGCAUCACUGUAUUGGCCCGAUGGAGUCAGUGUGAUUUGGAGAGAGGGGUGAAACUGCGUUUCUCUCAGAGAUGGACUCUACUGUGUAAACACGACGCAGUAGAGCACGUUCUGCCAUCUGGAACAAGCUCACACAUAGAGAAAGAGUUGCUCAGCUGCCAGUCUCCUUCUGGAACUCUUCAAGCUGUCAUCCGGGAGGAAGCAGGACAUCAGUACCUGGAGGUUUGGGGCCAAAAUGGUCUGGAGAAAAGCUUGGACCUCUUAGCUCUGAAUAAGCAUGGAAAAGUGUACGAAGAUGCUCAGUUUGGAUGUCUGGCCUGGUCACCAUGUGAAAAAAAGUUGCUGUAUGUGGCUGAGAAGAAGAGGGUGGAGCCGUCAGCUCAGUCAUCAUUUGUAUCAGCCAGUGAGGACGGAGGGCUAGUGUUACUUGAGGAACAAGAUAAGAAUGUGUAUGUUGAAGACUGGGGUGAAGGGCUGGUGGGUAAAAGCUGUCCAGUCUUGUGUGUAGCUGAUCUCAAUAAAGCUGCAGUCGUUGUGUAUGCUGGCGUCCCUCCUAAUAUAUCACCAGGACAGGCCCUGUGGGGACCUAAUGGAAGGGGCGUCAUUUUUGUGGGCCAAUGGAAUGAGCCAUUCAGACUGGGCUUGAAGUUCUGCUCCAAUCGUAGAUCAGCUCUUUUUUACUUGGAUAUGAAAGGGAACUGUGAGUGCUUGUCACCUGAAGGCGUGUCUGUGUCGAGCCCUCGAAUGAGUCCAGACUCGUGUUGGAUCGUCUACUUACAGGGACAGGUCUUUGGACCACAUCAUCAGUGCUUGAGCAUGAUGUUGUAUGACAUUAAGAACAGAAGCACUUCGGUUUUGGUAGAUGUGGUUAGACGAGCAGAAAAGGGUCAGUUUGCCGGUAUAUACGAGUCAUUGCCGUCUCAAUGCUGGUCUGCAGACAGUGAGAGAAUCUUCUUCAGCAGUGCCUGUGAAAACAAUAAGGCAGUUUUCUCAGUCGACAGAACAACAGGAAGACUCACACAAGUGUGCGGACUGGAUAUGCUAAGACUAGGAGAUGAUUUUGGGAGUGUGCAGCUGUUGACUAUACAAAAAGACCUGAUGGUGAUGAGCUGCUCAUCUCCAAAUCGGCCACCCUGCCUGAGAGUUGGCUUCCUCUCAACAGUUGACCAGGCUGAGGACAUGCAACUUUGUAAUCUGGGUGGAGCAGAUGUGUAUGAGGAAUUUUGUUGGCAGCCCAUGUUGAUCACACCCCCUUCUCAAGAGGAGAACCAUCAGUUCUCUGGACUGAAUUUUGGAGCAAUUUUGUUAAAGCCUUACAGUCCUCCAGAGAGAAGGAAAACUCCUCUAGUGGUGAAUAUACACGGUGGCCCUCACGCUCAUUUCGCUGCUGACUGGAACGCCACAGCUGCUGCUUUAACCAAACUGGGCUUUGCUGUUCUUAUGGUGAACUACAGGGGCUCCACUGGUUUCGGUCAAGAUACCAUAGAGUCUCUGCUUGGAAAUGUUGGCAGUCAGGACGUCAAAGAUGUUCAGAGGGCAGUGUUGUGCGCUUUACAGAAUGAGACGACUCUCGAUCCUGAUAGAGUAGCAGUGAUGGGCGGCUCUCAUGGUGGCUUCCUGGCUUGCCACCUGGUUGGUCAGUAUCCAGAUUUCUACAGAGCAUGUGCAGCUCGAAACCCCGUCAUCAAUGCAGCCACGCUGCUCGGGACCAGUGAUAUCAUAGACUGGAGAUAUUCCUCUGUUGGGCUUCAGUAUGCUUUUGACCGGUUGCCCACAUCACAGUCCCUCGCUUCCAUGCUGGAGAAGUCACCUAUAAUUCACGCUGCGCAGAUCCGUGCUCCUGUUUUGUUGAUGUUGGGUGGGAGAGACAGGAGAGUAUCGCCUCACCAGGGUCUGGAGCUCUACAGAGCACUCAAGAGCAGGAAUACACCUGUCAGGUUGUUGUGGUACAGUGAUGAGGGUCACUCGCUGUCUAAAGUCAACACUCAGUCUGACUGCUUCCUCAACAUCGUUCUGUGGUUUAAAGAACAUUUAAACUGACAUUUCUCAGAAGUGCAAACGAAAAUAUCCAUCAGAAGCUUUUUUUCCCCUUGUCUGGACACAUUGUGUUUGACAUUCUUGCCAAAACUGUAAAUGUCUACGAAUGCUGCACUGAAGCUAAAGUUACAGGCUAUGGAGGUCACUGUCCACUAGGGGGCAGACCUGUCCAUGUUAAAUCAGCACUGCUAAAAUAAGGGCUCAAAUGCCAAAGCAUGGAGUCUGUAAGUUAAGAAAUCUGAGCUCAUGUACUGUGAUACUGAACUUUUCUUUUCAGAAUCAAUUUCUGAACAUUCACACUCUUUUGUGAGAUGUUUGCUCUUCAUUCUGUUUCUAAUGGACAGUAAUGGACAUGCCAGUAUUUUUACUAUGUCAGUGAGAGUUUGUAGAUUUAAAUUAGUUUGAAUAUGAAAAAAAUUACAUUUUGGACGGGAAGAACAAGAGAAGAGCAAAAAGCUAUUUUCUAGUUUCAGAAAUGUAUCUGUAAAGAUCUUUAACAUUCCAUGUUUAUAAACAUGAUACAAGAGAGAAA